AUGGGGGCCACCCACCUCAACAGCGUGACGGGGGAGCAGAGCAACACAAGCCAGCACCACUCUUGUAUAAAUAAACAAAGAUUAGAGUACAUCAAAUCGGAGGGCAGCAUCAGCAACAGCAGCAGCAGGAACCACAGCAGCAACAGCAGCAGCUUCAGCUGCAGAAGAGUAGCAGCUUCAGCUGCUGCUCUUGCUGCUGCACCAAGGUCCAACUCCAGCCCACCCCAGCCGCAGCAGCAGCAGCAGCGGCACAAGACCCAUCAGCAGCAUCAGCAGCAGCAGGAGGAUCAGCAGCAGCAGCAGGAGAGAAUGCCGCGUCACGGCGUAUUAUUGAUGGGCCCUGCUGGCAGCGGGAAGAGUACAUUAUGUGCUGCGCUGCAGCAGCAGCAGCAAGUAAACAGGCGAGGCGUAGUAUGUAUAAAUCUAGACCCAGCAGCAGAGUAUAUUCCUUAUACUGCAGAUAUUGAUAUAAGAGAGUUAAUAGAAGCAGAAGAUGCAGCAGCAGCAAUGAAUCUAGGCCCGAAUGGGUCGCUUAUCUUUUGCAUUGAGUACUUAGAGAAAAAUAAAGAGUGGCUUGAGGAGAAGUUGUUGGAGACAGCGGAAGAUGAUUUGCUGCUGUUUGAUUUACCGGGUCAGAUUGAGCUGUACGUACACCUGGAGGCUCUGCAGCAUUUAUUUUCUUUCUUUCUUCUUCAAGACUAUCGUCUUUGUGUUGGCUUUUGUUUAGAUAUUAAUCUCUUAAGCGAUGCAGCAAAGACACUUAGCGGGUCUCUCCUUGCACUUAAUGCUAUGCUGCUCUUUGAGCUGCCCCAUAUUAACAUCCUUACUAAGUGUGACCUUAUUAAUUCUGUUAAUAUUGCUCACCGCUGCAGCAGCAGCAGCAAACGCAGCAGCAAACGCAGCAGCAAACGCAGCAGCAAACGCAGUGGGAAUACAAGCAGCAGCAGCAGCAGCAGUUCGAGGUCCAUGCUGCAAACAGAAGCAGCAGCAGCAGCUGCAGCUGCAAGAGGAGACAGCAAUGUUAGUGAAGAAGAUGAAGACACCGAAGAAGAGACAGAAGAAGAGACAGAAGAAGAGACAGACGAAGAGACAGACGAAGAGGCAGAAGAAAGACAUCAGUGGGCAAGCAGGUCUUUGAACAACUCAGCGUUUGCUGUUCAUGUUGCCGAUGCAGAUGCAGAAGAAGACGAAGAAGAAGUAAUUCUUCACCAACUUCUCUCCAGAGAUGUGCAGCAAGUAGUAGAAGAACUCAAUAUGCGUCUUCCUAUUAUAGCAAUAGAACAGACGACAGUAACAGCAGGAGUAGCAGCAGGAACAGCAGCAGCAGUAACCGCAGCAACAGCAGCAGCAGUAGAAGCAGCAGCAACAGCAGCAGAAGCAGCAGCGGCAGAAGCAAAAAAAGGCAGCAGCAGCAGCAGCAAAAGAGCAGGAGGAGGAGGAGCAGCAACAGCAGCAGCAAUAACCGCAGCACAGCCAGCAACAGCAGUAACCGCAGCACCAGCAGCGGCAACAGCAGCAACAGCGGCAACAGCAGCAGCCAGAGCAGCAUCAGUAACAAGAACAGGAACAGCAAAAGCAGCAACAGCAAUAACAGCAGCAACAGCAACAACAGCAAUAGCAGCAGCAGCAACAGCAGCAGCAACAGCAGUAACAGCAACAGCAGCAGCAUCAGGAACAGCAACAGCAACAGCAGGAACAGCAACAGCAUCGGCAGUAGCCGCAGCAGCAGUAAAAACAGCAGCAGCAGCCGCAGCAGAAGCAGCAGCAGCAGUAGCAGCAGCACCAGGAGCAGCAGCAGCAGUAGCAGCAGCAGCGCCAGCAGCAGCAGGAACAGCAGCACCAGCACCAGCGCCAGCAGUAGCCGCAGGAACAGCCGCAUCAGCGGCAGAAACAGCAGAAACAGCAGCAGUAACCGCAGCGGCAGCAAGAGGAGCAGCAGCAGCAACAGCAGCAGCACUAGGCGCAGCAGCAGUAGCAGCAGCAGUAACCGCAGCAGCAGCAAUAGCAGCAAGAACAACAGCAGCAGCAGUAGCCACAGCAACAGCAGGAGCAACAACAGGUACAGCAGCAGAAGCAGCAGCAACAACAGCAGUAACCGCAACAGCAGCAAGAGGAGCAGCAGCAAGAAACAGCAACAGCAGCAGUAGGCGCAGCAGCACCAGCAGCAGCAGUAACCGCAUCAGCAGAAGCUGCAGCAGCAGUAGCGGCGGCAGCAGCAGCAACAGGAGCAGCAGUAGCAGCAGCAACAGCAGCAGCAACAGCAGCAGGAACAGGACCAGCCGCGGCAGCAGCAACAGCAGCAACAUGAACAAUGGCAGCGGCAGGAGCAACAGCAGAAACAAGAGCUGCAGCAGUAGCAAUAAAAGCAGCAAUAGUAGCAGCAACCGCAACAGCAGCAGUAGCCGCAACAGUAGCAGCAGCAGCAACAGCAGUAGCAGCAGCAACAGCAGUAACCGCAGCAGCGGAAACAGCAGCAGCAGCAGGAGCAGCAGCAGCAACAGCAGCAGCAGGAUUAGCAGCAGCAGGACAAUCAGCCGCACAAACAGCCGCGGCAGCAACAGGAACAGCAGCAACAGCAGCAGAAACCGCAGCAGCAGCAACCGCAGCAGCAGCAGUAACCGCAGCAGCAGCAGUAGCAACCGCAGCAGCAAGAAACAGCAACAGCAGCAGUAG